AUGAAGAUGAUUGGGUGGAAGAAGAAACUCUGCGGGGUGCAUCACCUGUGGGCCCUGGGCUGCUAUAUGCUGCUGGCCGUUGUUGCUCUGAGACUUUCUCUCAGGUUAAAAUGUGACAUAGAUUCCCUGGAUCUGGAAUCCAGGGACUUUGGAAUCCAGCGCUGUAAGGACAUCUUGUACAAGUCCCUGAAGCUGCCAGCAAAGAGAUCCAUCAACUGUUCUGGGGUCACCCGAGGGGACCAGGAAGCAGUGGUCGAGGCUCUCCUGGACAAUCUGGAGGUCAAGAAGAAGCGGGAGCCUUUCACAGACACCGAUUACCUCAACAUGACCAGAGAUUGUGAGCAGUUUAAGUCCCAAAGGAAGUUCAUACAGUUCCCACUGAGCAAAGAAGAGUUAGACUUCCCCAUUGCAUACUCUGUGGUGGUCCAUGAGAAGAUUGAAAACUUUGAACGGCUGCUGCGAGCUGUGUAUGCCCCUCAGAACAUAUACUGCAUCCAUGUGGAUGAGAAGUCCCCAGAAACUUUCAAAGAGGCAGUCAAGGCCAUUAUUUCCUGCUUCCCAAAUGUCUUCAUGGCCAGUAAGUUGGUCCGGGUGGUUUACGCUUCCUGGUCCAGGGUGCAGGCUGACCUGAACUGUAUGGAAGACUUGCUCCAGAGCUCGGUGCCAUGGAAAUACUUACUGAAUACAUGUGGGACAGAUUUUCCUAUAAAGACCAAUGCUGAGAUGGUCCUGGCCCUCAAGAUGUUGAAUGGGAAGAACAGUAUGGAGUCCGAGAUACCUACUGAGUACAAAAAGUCUCGCUGGAAAUACCACUAUGAGGUGACAGACACAUUGCACCUAACCAGCAAGAUGAAGGACCCUCCCCCUGAUAACUUACCUGUGUUCACAGGGAAUGCCUAUUUUGUGGCUUCUCGAGCCUUUGUCCAACAUGUCUUAGAGAACCCCAAAUCCCAACGACUGAUUGAAUGGGCAAAAGACACCUAUAGCCCCGAUGAACACCUCUGGGCCACCCUUCAGCGUGCACCGUGGAUGCCUGGCUCUGUCCCCUACCACCCCAAGUUUCACAUCUCAGACAUGACCUCCAUUGCCAGGCUGGUCAAAUGGCAGCUCCAUGAGGGAGACAUCAGUAUGGGGGCACCUUAUGCACCUUGCUCUGGAAUCCACCAGCGGGCUAUCUGCAUUUAUGGGGCUGGGGACCUGCACUGGAUUCUUCAGAAUCAUCACCUCUUGGCGAACAAGUUUGACCCAAAGGUGGAUGAUAAUGCUCUUCAGUGCUUAGAAGAGUAUUUACGUUAUAAGGCCAUCUAUGGGACUGAACUCUGAGAUACACCGUGUGAGGAUUGCUACCCGAGGAGCAGGAACAUGUACAAACGUGCCCUGGACAUGCUGGGACAGUGUGGGGUGGGAGACCAGGGCUCUGGAAUCCAUGGCAUCUCCCUGGGUCAGGGGGCUGCUCUUGGAGUGUGGUGAGUAGAUCUGUUGCCUUGCAAAUUGCUGCCCUGGCUGAACACUGACUGUUCACUCACCUCACUUCCAAUAGCUCCUCCACUGACUUUCCCACCGAGUUGGGAAUAAGAACCAGCUCU